ACUCAUCCUCUCCUCCUCCCCCAUCGUCUUCGAAUUGGGGAUCUCGCGUCCCAACCAAGCCCCGCAGAAAAGCCCGAACCCAACCCGCUCCAAACCUAGGGUUUCGCCGACCCGCCGUCUCGCAGACCGCUCGCCGGCGCCGGCGCCUCCACCGCCGCCAUGUACAACGGCAUCGGGCUGCAGACCGCGCGCGGGUCCGGCACGAAUGGGUACGUGCAGACCAACAAGUUCUUCAUCCGCCCCCGGACCGACGGGGCCGCCAAGGCGCCGCUCCACAACUACGACCACGAGCUGGUCGAGCUGAGGGACACCCUCGAGGAGCAGGGCUACACCGAGGGCGAGAUCGAGGAGCGCGUCGAGGAGGCGCGCAAGGAGGCCGAGCUGGAGGCCGCUGCUGCUGCCGUGGUCGCGGAGGCGGGUGGUCGCGCAGGCGGCGGGGGCCCAGCAGCGCGUCCGGGCGAAGGGUUCACGGGCACACAGAGCCACCAUGUCGCAGCACGGAAGGAGAAGCAGCUUGAGACGCUGAGGGCUGCUCUUGGGCUAGAAGCUGAGGUUGGAGAGAAAAACGCUGAAGUAGACAGUGAUCCGGAGUCUGGGGAGCUUGUACCUGGGAAGGAGUCUGAAGAGAUAGAUGUUGAUGUUCAGAACGAUAGGAAAGCUUCAAAGGAUGGUAAGAAGCAUGCAAAGAAGGGAAAGAAGGAAAAAGGGAGUGAUAGGAAGAGUCACAGCAGAAGUUCUAGGAAGAGUAAGCACGGGUAUGAUUCAGAAGAUGAUUCUGAGUCUGACCAUGAUGAGAUAAAGGGAAAGAAAUACAUAAAAAAAUCCUUCUUAGAUAGAGAUGUUGAUUCUAAGAUUGUUCAUAAGAAGGCAAAACAGGGCAAAGGCACACACCAUGAUUCUGAGGCUGAUUCAGACAGUGAUCAUGGCAAGAAGGCAAAACACACAAAAAGCAAUCGUGAUGAGGGAAAGAAGGGGCCUGUGAAGAGCUCUCGUCAUGACUCUAAAGAUGAGAAGCCCAGAAGAAGCAAGUACAAGGAUGAUUCAUACAGUGACUCGGAGAGUGAUGUCUCGUACAGUGAUUCAGAGAGCGACCAUGAUCGAAAAAAGAAAAAAUCCUCUCACCACGGUUCUAAAGAUGAUAAACAGGCACCAAAAAGCAAAGAGAAGGAAGCCAGUUUGGUUAAGAAUGUUGAUAAGCGCAAGAGACAUGAUUCUGAUUCGGAUGGUUCUGCUCAUGAUAGGAAAAUACACCUUGAUGCAGCUGUUGCUAGGAAGGAUCAUUCCCGUGAUAAACCGAAGAUUGACCCAAGGAGUGGUGAAUAUAAAAACAAAAGGCCUGUGAAGACUUCUCGCCAUGACUCUGAAGAUGAGAAGCCACACGGCAAGGUCCCUCGGAAGGAAAAGUAUGCCGAAUCAGAGACUGACUCAGAGAGGUAUACCAGUGAAAAGAAGAAGCCUGCAAAAUCAUCUGUCCAUGUUUCUAAAGUUGAUAAGGAAGCACCAAAACAUAAAGAGAAGGAAGGGAAGACUAGUAGUAAAAAUGUUGAUAAGCGCACGAGGCAUGAUUCUGAUUCUGAUUCUGAUUCGGAUGGAUGGCAAAGACACGUUGACACAAAGGUAAAAAAGAUAGUGGAAGAGAAAAAAAGGGUGAUUAGCUCAAGUGAGAGUUCAUUUUACAGCAGCAGCAGCAGUGAAUCAGAUGUGAGCGAUGAAAGCCGUGAGAACAGGAAAUCUGACAGAGGAUUGAAGAAUGGUAAUGGUCAGAACCAUGCUAAAAGGGCUUCUUACAAGAAUGAGUUAGAGGAAAGGACAAAGGGUCAAGAUGGGAGAAGGAAGGAAGAGAGAAUGGAGCAGGAGAAACAAAAACAGAGGGAGGAAGAGAGGAAAGAGUUGGAGAAGCAAAAACGUCUGGAGGAAGAGAGGAAAGAGUUGGAGAGGCAAAAACGUCUGGAGGGAGAGAGGAAGGAGCUGGAGAAGCAAAAGCAGAGGGCGAAGGAGGAAGAGACAUUGAAAGAGAAGGAACAUGAGCGGAGGAAAGGUGAGCAUGGUGUGGAAAGGGACAGCAAAAGAAAGGUUGGAGAAGAUAGGUACGACCCAAAUUCAAACAGACUCAGCGAUGAUGAAAAUAGGGACCGAAAGACGCGUGAAGAUUAUGGUCGACAGAAAACUACAGAUUCAGAUAGGUAUGACCCAAAUUCAAACAGAUAUAGUGAUGAUGAAAACAGGGACCGGAAGAGGCAUGAAGAGUACGGUCGACACAGAGCUAGAUAUUCAGAUAGCCAUGAUUUAAAGAGGUCUAGAUAUGAUGACUCUUAUAAUCACUCGAGGAGGGAUUACGAAGAGCGCUAUUCUAGAGAUGAGCACAGAGACAGGAGGCAUCGUUGAACGCAGAAGUUAUCUUAAAAUGUGGUUUGACCUUUAGUCCUAAUAUACUAAGAAGCACGGACACGGGGACGGAAAGACGGGGAUACGCAUACGGGGACACGGGAUACGGCUUUUUUCAAAAAUAGCCAUUCGGGGAUACGGCAGGAUAUACAAGUAUUUAAAAAAUUUAGAUGAAAGAUUGUUAUUUAGUACUGACAUAUGUUGCCUCAUCUUUAGAUGAAAGAUUUUUUUUCUUUUGAGGAUCACACGGUCACUUUAUAUGACCCUGCACUCAGAGCCCACAUAAGGCCCAAUUCCAGGAAACCCUACACAAGUGCUCCUCCAGCUGUUCCCUAUCCCGUGCUCCUCUUUCCUCCCUGCCCCAGCAGCCAAGAACUGUAGCGAGGAGAUGAGAUGACUGCUCCUCGCCUGUACCUUCUUGCUAGUCUACGUCUUCCCUUUCAAUCCACCCAAAUCUUCUUUCUCCUUGCUGCCUGUAUCUUCUUCCCUGCUAGCGACCGUCGAGGUUGCCAGCUCAAGCGUGGCAUCCGUCGGAGGA